UGCACGUUUUUAGCCGUUUCCUUGUAGCAGCGCCUGUUAGCCUGUCAGCUGAUUUCACUCACAUGACUCUCGUUUUAGUUUCAGGUCAGUCCUGUUUAUCGGUGCUGUGAAAGGGCUCCGGGAACCAGCUUUCCACGGCGGAAACAUGGUGUUAAAGUUGGUUUAGGAUCCGAACGGUGAUAAUAAAUGGCUGCGGGGGUUCCCACGAAGAGCUGACCGACUGAGUGAGGAGAAAAGCGGGCAGGUUAGCUCAGCAGCGUCGGCAGAUUUGAUGAGCUCUUCACACCAACAGUAGAUUAUUAUUAUUAUUAUUAUUAUUUUUGGUUUUUACUUCCUCUGGGAGUUCAGAUAACCUCCAGAAUGAGUCCAGAAGGGAAGAAGCUUUUAAACAUCAUCAUCCUCGGUUUCGGCUUUAUGUUCAUGUUCACAGCCUUUCAGACAUGUGGCAAUAUAGAGCAAACAGUGAUCAAGAGCUUCAACAGCACCGAGUUCCACGGGAGCGGAUACACGAGCAUGGCCAUCAUCUAUGGCGUUUUCUCUGCAUCCAACCUCAUCGCCCCGUCGGUGGUGGCGGUCAUCGGGCCCCAGCUCUCCAUGUUCUUCAGCGGGCUUUUGUACAGCCUGUACAUCGCCAUGUUCAUCUACCCGUACACCUGGAGCUUCUACACGGCGUCCGUGCUGGUUGGAAUAGCAGCAGCAGUGCUGUGGACAGCUCAGGGGAACGUCCUCACCAUCAACUCCACGGACAGCACCAUUGGAAGAAACAGUGGUAUAUUCUGGGCGCUGCUGCAGUUCAGCUUGUUCUUUGGAAACCUCUACAUCUACUGCGCCUGGCACGGACACGUCCACAUCACAGACAAGGACCGGCAGACGGUGUUCAUCUCUCUGACGGUGAUAAGCCUGGUCGGCUGCUUCCUCUUCUUCCUCCUCAGGAAGCCUGAUUCUGAAUGCUCUUCCUCUGCUGAGGCGACUGAGCCGCUGCUGCAGGAGGAACCCUGCGACAACACCGCAACCAGCUCGGGAUGCUCUCACCUCUGCUCUCAGGCGCUCGACGCGUUUGUCAAAUCGUGUAAGCUGUUCAUCACCAGAGAAAUGCUGCUGCUGGGCGUCUCCAUCGGAUACACAGGUUUGGAGCUGACCUUCUACAGCGGCGUGUACGGCACGUGCAUUGGCGCCAUGAUGAGGUUCGGCCAGGAUGCGAAGAGUUUGAUCGGGAUCUCUGGGAUCUGCAUCGGCGUGGGCGAGAUAUUAGGUGGUAGCGUGUUCGGGAUACUGAACAAACGCAUCGGCUUUGGGAGGAACCCCAUCGUUCUGCUCGGGUUCGUCACCCACAUCAUCGCCUUCUACCUGAUUUUCCUCAACAUCGCCAGCGACGCUCCGCUGGCCCCGGAAGAAGGAACAGAUCUGGAGGCCUUCAUCACCCCCAGCGUGGGCGUGGCCUUGUUCUGCAGCUUCCUGCUCGGUCUGGGUGACAGCUGCUUCAACACGCAGCUCCUCAGCAUCAUCGGCUUCAUGUUCCACGACAACAGCGCCCCCGCCUUUGCCGUCUUCAAGUUCAUCCAGUCCAUCAUGGCCGCUCUGGCCUUCUACUACAGUAACUACCUGCUGUUGCACUGGCAGCUGCUCAUCCUGGUCGUGGUGGGGUUUCUGGGCACGAUAACCUUCUUUAAGGUGGAGCACAUGGCCAGCUCCAGCAGGCGGCAGUCGGACUACGACAGUAUCUGAGCCGGGCCGGAUGACGAGGGCACAGCUGGAGUUUUUUCGCUCUCCACUGCUGGAAAGGAAAAAAACCUCGCCCAGGGACGACCGGCCCACAGACUGAUCCUAGCUGUGGUACAUUUAGAUUCUGAACCCGGGACCAAACGCUCCUCCUGAUCUCAGCAUUUACCCAAUUAAAUCAAACGGCAUGUGUGACGGUGGUGUGCACGCCUCAUAUACCUCGUUUAGUUUCAUAACCAGACUCCUCCUUCUUGUGCACUCGGUCUGUAAAUAAACUCUAUUCAAGGCAAAGAGAGUAAUAAUCCCACUGCUCGUGUUGGCGUCACGCUGUUAGUCCUCCUUCAGUGGACCAACUUCCAUCUUGACAACAAAUUCUGUGAAAAGCCCUCGGUCAUCUGUUAGAAACAUACAGGAGAGCUCCACGGAAACCACACCCACCUGAGGGGGAAAAUGGCGUCCAGAUCACUGAGCCAAUCACUGAGCAGUUUUAAAAGGUUAAACAUAUUUGUAGGGUUUUUUCUGGAUUUGUUGACAAGAAGAAAAAGGUUUAAGUUAAACGUCUAUACUCUAUCUGCACAAAUCCAGCUCUGGUUACAGCCAAAUACUGAAGGGUUGUCACUCAUGGGUGUCUCAUAAAUAUUUUCUUCCUUCUAAUGUUGGAGUGAAGCGGUCACAGACUGCGAUUCACGCCACAUGAGGCAGUUUUACUGUUCUCGGCUGUUCGGCUUUAAAAUUAAGCCGUUUUUAUUUAAAGAGAAACAAAAAGAAGUCACUUCUUCUGGUGUCAGAUCCACGUUCACCCCUCGUCUUCUGUUCUUUUACACGACUGGUUUCGCUGUAAUGAGAUCCGUGUCGUCAAAGUGCAUCUCUGCGGUCCAGGAAGCAACUCCGAAUCAGGCGUGGCUGACGCGCUCGGCUCAGACUGCAGAGCAGACGAUGUUCUGUUCGUGCCUCUAAGGACAGGAAAAAGUUUUUGUUUUUUUUCUUCCUCAUCUUUGCUGCUUUUCUCACCUCUUCGUGUUUAACAAAAAGAAAAUAAAGUCAGGGUUUUUGGGGUUUUUUGUUUUUUUUCUGCGCUGAUAGUGGCGGACAGAGUUGAAGCUACACAGACUUUGACCUGAAGGGGCGUCUCAGUGAUUUGGUAUCUCUAACAUUUGGUGGCUCACACGGGUAGGUGUCUACAGUAAAAAGAGAGGGAAAAAUGCUUGUUCCUACAAAUCCCAUAAUGCAACAUCCACUGAACUGUUUUUCCCUUCCUCGUAAAGGCACCCUGUGCAGUUUUUGCCCACUAGGGGGUGCUAUUUGACUUAGUUUGAAUAACUUUUGGUAAACGUGACGAUGGAGGUGCCACCAAAAACAUGAGAAACAAUCAUGGGGAGAUAUCCAGGGUUUUCCUGCAUAUAGGGGUGAAAAAUCUGUCCUUCCACUAAAAGAAAAUCACCAAAACUGAUUGUUUUUAACAGCUUUUACUCUAGAAAUAAAAAAAAAAAUGAAAUGGCCAAUAAUAAGAGGACAUGCACUUAUUAAUGUGGUCUAAGGAAAUGCAGACUUUUUACACUGACUGUACGUAGAGUGGUCAUGCCUACAUGUGCAGCUCACUUCCUUAAACCACAUUUUAACUCAACCAAAUGAACUUCAAAAUUUCCCCAUUUAAUAUUAAUGAUCGAGAUUAAAAAUAUGAUUAAACUAAAAGAACACAAAUAUAACAAACUGUGCCCUCGUUCAUCUUUCUACUCGUCAUCUGACUCCCCUCUGCCCGUCUUGAACUGAACUUAAUCGUUCCUUUGGUUCAGGUUUAGUCAAAUGAUAAAUUCUUGUUUAAAAAUAGUUAAAGUGCCACAAAAUGAGUCGAAGCAGUUGUGAUGUUCUGUUAGAUGGUGCAGUGAGUUGGUAUAGCCUUUAACCAGUUAAAUCAUCAUGAUAUAUUCUCACUUAUGAUGGUGGACUGUAGCUCAACACGUGAAAACACUGCCACCUAGUGUCUGCAGCGUGCACAGGGUAAUCACAGAAGGUAUCUUUAUUGAGGUCAAGCCUGUCUGGGCUGCUGCUCAGUGCAGAUUCACAGUUUCACUCUGGUUUAAACUGAUGUGACGCCAAACAGACACAGCGUGACAUUUGAGCCUUAAUGCUUUUUGUAAUGUUGCCAUGGUGACGAGGAGCAACUUCAGACAUGCUGUAGUUUCUUUUUUUUCCUGUUCCAAGUGUCAAACAACGAAUGGCCGUACACUAUUGUAGUUAAUUUAUUGCUGGGAGUCGGGUUUGCUCAACUUUGGUUCAUGUUGCUACUGCAGUGAACGCAAUCAAAGGAUAAAUAAGGGAAAUGUACCAAGAUGAUGAUUUUAUACUUGAAUGUAAUUAAAAAUGACACCCAA